AUGCGCUCUUUACUCCUAAUCCUACUUGCGACUCUCUCUCUAGCAAAUUCUACAAAUAUAACAAUACCACCAUUCAUACCACUCCCCCCAAACCAUCCACCCAAGACAAACCUCCAACACAACAUCGUCCUAAACAACUGCACCGUCCCAGGAACAAUCGCUUUAACCUUCGACGACGGUCCUUACAUCUACACAUCCCUCAUCCUCGACCACCUCGCCAACCACAGCGCCCACGCAACCUUCUUCCUCAACGGUCGAAACCGCGGUCACAUAGACGAAUUCCCAGACCUAGUACAAAGAGCCCACCAAGAAGGCCACCAGCUCGCUUCUCACACUCUAACAAAAGACCAAAUGAAACGCCAAAUGACAGCCCUGGAAUCCGCAUUCAUUCGCAUCCUUGGGUUCUAUCCUACUUACAUGCGUGCACCGUACCUGGAGCUCAGUGAUGAUGUGCUGGAUGUCAUGGACGAACUUGGGUAUCGUGUUGUUGGGGCCAGUGUCGAUACGAAGGAUUAUGUUUAUGAUGAUCCGGAUUCGAGUUGGAGGAGUUUUGAUAGGUUUCUUGAUGGGUUGGAUGCCGGUGGGACGGUUGUGUUGGCGCAUGAUUCGCAUCGCAGUACUGCUGAGAUUUUGGUGGAGGAUAUGCUGGGGGAGAUUGAGAUGAGGGGCUUAAGUGCUGUUACGAUUGGCGAGUGUCUUGGCGAUGCCGAGUGGUAUCGGACUGAGUAG